CCCACCGAAUUCGAGCGACGCCAAAAGAACGCCAAGUUCGCGAAUGCAGCGCGUGCGGGCAAGAAGCCAACGAACCCCUCCCGCCAGGAGCUGCUAUCCAAGCGCAGCCCUGUCAGCCUAUGGACUCUGGGCAUCAUUAUAUUUGUUAUCGUCGGCGGAGUGAUAUUCGAACUGCUCAGACUGAUAUUCGCAUGA